AUGGCUGGAUCUAAAUGCGUCAGAUAUGGAAGGGACGUGGAAGACUUCCUGGCCGACCUGCCUCCUUCCACAAACAGAUACACCUACGAAGGGAAAGAACGAUUCGAGGAAAUUGCAAACAUUGAAUAUCACCGCCUAGAACGCUCGUUACGCCAUCUCCAGUCUGAACCAUUUGAUGACUCUCUUGACAUAUCAGAAUACUUUGUUAUCAUCAUCGAUCCGCCCUCGUUUCGGAGAGACUUUUCCCUCAAGCUAAACGUUGGUGUUCGUCAGUUCUAUAACCCGGCCCUACAUAUUCUGAUCCUCAGAAUGGUUCUGCCCGAACAUUCUCAGGUUGCCGGGAUAUUUCACGAUACAGUAAUGGACGCUUUGCGACCCAUGGGGCUCGAUAAAGAAGCAAUUCACAGAUAUGGAGGGACGAGCAUCGGCGUCGGCGGCGGAAUCACAAAACAGCCGCAUUGGGGCUGGGGCCCCAGGUGGUCACCUGGUGUCGCGAAAAGGCUCUCGGUAGUCGUUGAGGUUGGCCUUUCAGCCGAAACGAAGCUGCGCAGCGACGCAAGAAUGUGGGUGGAUCCCACCAGCGGCGAAGCGAACAUGGCCAUCACCAUCAAAGUCAACCGCCAGAAUCCCAUAAUCAAAAUCGAGACGUGGGAAUGGGAUUCCAAUGCCCGGUGCCCCUAUACCAGGCAAUCCUGUGUGAUAGAGAAGACUGGCGAUGAUAUUACAGUCUCUAAACACCCUCUAACGAUACCCUUCCACUACGUUUUCCGACGAACCCCUAAAAAUCCUGAAGAGACUGAUAUCAGACUGCAAAAGCAGGACCUUGUAGUAAUUGGAACUGGGGCCUGGGCGAUGCAAGAGCUGUGA